AUGUCUCGAUCCGUCAAGCCCGAGAAACACCACAAGGCUGAUAAUGCGCCGGGACCCUCGUCUUCCGCUAGUCCUUCAACGAGCAAGAAGGAUCAAGUGUAUGACACGCUCAUCGUCGGCCUCGACGUUGCGGCCAAUGUAGCCGAGGGCUCAGAUAUACUCGCACCCCUGAAAGCAGCCUGUAGGGCAACAAAGUCUAUCCUUGAAGUUAUGCAGGCGAUAGAAAAUAACCAAGCAGAGUGGACUGAUCUUACGCGCCGACUGAAGGAAUUCAUGUCUGCACUUGAGGGGCAAAUUGCCCUGUUUGAAACCUAUUCUCUAGGGGAGAGGGUUGUGGAUGAGGCAUUUAGGCGGCCAAUCCUCCACUAUGUGGAAUUCCUCGAGGAAACGCAUGAUGUGGUCGUCAAUCUAACGACGAAACGCAAGCGCAACAAAUUCGGCGUCUUUAAAUCGAUGACCAAAGCAAAGGUCGAUGCAGAAGAGAUUCAUAAACUCAAUAGAAACAUCGAAGAUCGACAUAAACAGUUCAUGGAGGCGUUGGCUAUUUUCACCGCGUUCCAUGUUCAAGUUGUGAAAGAGAAUAUCAAUGUUACAAAGAACAAAGUAGAAUCCACUCAAAUCAACGUAGAGGCCACCAAGGCCUGGGUGGAGAAAAUUGUGACGGGUGUGGAUACCUCUGCUAUACUUCAGCUACCAAUGGUAGCCUUCAACGCGUCCUCGGUUCACAGUACUUGCUUGCAAGGAACACGUGAGGUCGUUCUUCGGACGAUAUGCUCGUGGGCCGAGGACGAAAUAUCUCAAAAACCGAUCUUUUGGCUUUGCGACAUUGCUGGUUCGGGAAAAUCUACAGUGGCGAUGUCCGUAGCGCAGAUGUGGCGAAAAAAAGGAAUAUAUGGCGGCCAAUUCUUCUUCUCUUUGAUCAGCAACGAAGGAUCCACGACCGAAAAGUUCUGCUCGACCAUAGCCAGAGAACUUGCUCAGCAAGUGCCCGAGCUUAAACCAUAUAUAGCAAAGGCCGUGGAGCAAAAUCCUGCGAUUAUGCGAAGUUCGUUGCAGGAACAGCUGCAAACACUGGUCAUCAAUCCACUCCGUCAGCGACAGCAACGGGUAAUUCUAGUGAUCGACGCUGUCGACGAAUGCAAAUCUGGAGCGCAGCGAAAGGAGCUUCUUGAUACGAUCACUAUGGCUGCUCGAGAAACGAAUAACCUCAAGCUAUUUAUCACGAGUCGCCCAGACCCAGUCAUCGAAACGGUUCUGCGGCCGCUCUCAAUCAAAGCAGAGCUGAAGGACCGCCUCCACGACGUCAAUCACCACGACAAUCUUGAUGACAUUGCGACCUAUGUUCAUCAAUCACUAGGUGACGUGCUAUCGCUGGAAAAGAGACAGCAGUUGACGGCAAAGGCCUCUGGGCUGUUUAUUUGGGCGAGCACUGCUUGCCGAAUGCUCACCAACGAAGCCACAUUCGAUACACCAGAAGUUAUAUACGAACGUCUAAUCUCAGUCGACCAGGCUGGGGAUAUAGACGACGUAUACGACCUCGUCUUCCAACGCACAGACCCCAAGUCUCGCGUGACAAUGUGUAGUAUGCUCGCUCUACUACUUGCAGCAUAUGAGCCUCUCACCAUAAAUGAUUUGGACGACCUCUCUAAGCAUAACGCAGUAAACGGCAAUGCCAAGGCAUUAGUACGGAAUCUAGGAAGUGUACUUCUGGAAGAUCCAGCUACGAAUCUGGUUCAGUUUCGUCACCCCACCCUCGUCGAGUACCUUCGACGUCGCUGCAUUGCCCCUGCCGCCGAUAGCCACCACCGAAUCUAUAUCGACCUUGCCAAUGCCCAUGGACAAGCAGCGUCGUGGUGUUUCCAACGCCUCAAGUCGCCGACCGAGGGUCUCAAGUUUAACAUAUGCCAAAUCGAGUCAUCCUUUAAUCUAAAUAGGGAGAUUCCUGACCUUGAUGCCAGGAUAUCAAGGCUUAUCCCAAGAAAGCUUCGAUAUGCGAGUCCCCAUUGGCCCUUCCACGUUGCGGAAACCAACGAUAACUGGCGAUCCAAGCUCAAAAAAGAGCUUGAAUACGCUACUCAAUGUCCAUAUGUGUUAUACUGGAUGGAGGUUCUGGGCUUGACCGGAGGAGUGCCACGAGCGAUAGCCGGUCUUCGGGCUAUUGCACGCCACACAGGGCUUGAUGUGGGAACUGCAAGCAGGAUCAACGAAAUACGACGGUUUAUGAUCGCCUUUGCAGUGCCGAUCCAGGACAGUGCUCCACACAUCUACCUUUCAGCACUUGCUUUUACUCCUAAAAAGUCAAUGCUGCAUCUUCAAAGUAUGAAGCAGUAUGAAAACACUCUAAAUGUGACUCAAGGACUGGAGGAGACGUAUCCUGGGCUUCCAAAUAGUCUUCGAGGUCACAAGCUGCGGGUUCGGUCCGUCGGAUUCUCACCAGACGGGUCGCGAAUCGUCUCCGGCUCUGAUGACUGUACGAUUCGACUCUGGGAUGUGGACACCGGUCAGGCUGUCGGAGAACCACUCCAAGGUCACGGGGACGGAGUCUGUGCUGUCGAAUUCUCGCCAGACGGCUCACGAAUAGUCUCCGGUUCACACGACAAUACAAUUCGAUUUUGGCAUGUGGACACCGGUCAGCCUGAUGGAGAGCCCCUCCGAGGUCACCAAAACUCGGUCUGGGUUGUCGCAUUUUCGCCAGACGGGUCACGAGUUGUCUCUGGCUCGCGUGACUGGACAAUUAGAAUAUGGGAUGUAGAAACUGGUGAGCCUGUGGGGGAACCAUUCAGUGGCCACCAAGGUUCGGUUAACACUGUAGGAUUCUCGCCAGAUGGAUCGCGAGUCGUCUCUGGCUCAGAUGACCGUACAAUUCGGCUGUGGGAUGUAGAUACUGGUCACCCUGUGGGAAAGCCACUUCUAAGUCACACUGACUGGAUCUAUGCUGUAGGAUUCUCUCCAGAUGGAUCCCGGAUCGUCUCUGGCUCGCUCGACUCCACUAUUCAACUGUGGGACGUAGAGACUGGUCAAGCCGUAGGGGAGCCUCUCCGGGGUCAUCUAGGCCAAGUUCUCACAGCCAAAUUCUCUCCAGAUGGAUCAAAAAUCGUCUCCGGCUCGUCCGAUAACAUGAUUCGUUUGUGGGAUGCAACCACCGGCCACUCCGUGGGUGAGCCACUCUGUGGUCAUCGUGAUUCGGUCAACGCUGUUGAAUUCUCACCAGACGGGUCCAGAAUUGUCUCUGGCUCGUCCGACUGGACAAUUAGAAUGUGGGAUGUGGAGACGGGUCAGCCUGUUGGAGAACCAGUUCCAGGUCACGGAGGCUGGGUUCGGGGCGUUGGAAUCUCGCCAGACGGAUCGCGAAUUGUCUCAGGAUCGGACGACAAGACGAUUCGAUUGUGGGACGCGAGCACUGGUCAGCCUGUGGGAGAGCCGCUUCAAGGUCACGAAGAAGUGGUCUGGGCCGUUACAUUCUCGCCAGAUGGAUCACGAAUCGUCUCUGGCUCUCUCGACUCCACGGUUCGAUUGUGGGAUGUAGAAACUGGUGAACAGGUCGGCGGGCCGCUACUAGGUCCCCAAGAUUCUGUAUGGACCGUGCGAUUCUCGCCGAACGGGUCACAAAUCGUCGCAGGCUUUCAGGACAGUACGAUUCAACUAUGGGACGCAGACACUCGUGAGCCCAUAGGAGAGCCACUUCGGGGUCACCGCAGCGCGGUCUGUGCCGUCGCAUUCUCACCAGACGGGUCACUAAUGGCCUCCGGCUCAGGCGAUGAGACGAUACGACUGUGGGAUCUAGAAACCAGUAGAGCUGUGGGAGAACCUCUCAGAGGCCAUCGAGACACGGUCUGUGCCGUCGCUUUCUCGCCAGAUGGGUCACGAAUCGCCUCCGGCUCGGAGGACUGGACAAUUCGACUGUGGGAUGUAGACACUGGUCAACCUUUGGGAGAGCCACGUCAAGGUCACCAAGGCGUGAUUACCUCCAUCGGAUUUUCGCCAGACGGGACACGAGUCGUCUCUGGCUCGUACGACGAGGCAAUUGGACUGUGGCAUGUAGAUUCUGGUGAACCCGUGGUAGAAUUCCUUCGAGGUCACCAAGCCAGGGUAAAUGGCGUUUCAUUCCUGCCAGAUGGGUUACGAGUUGUGUCUUGCUCAGGGGAUGGAACGAUCCGCCUCUGGGAUGCGAGGCGAAGUGACAAUAACUCCAGUCAGCAUGACGAAGAGUCUGAAUCUUCGAGUCUCACAGGGGACCUUGGAGGGUACUACCUGUGGAUCCGCAUCCCUGGGUUCAAGCAAUGCUCACUUUCGCAUGAUGGAUGGGUGCACUCCUCCGGCAAACGUCUCUUCUGGGUACCUCCAGACAAUCGACAUGGACUAUUACAUCCCGACCUCCUCCUGACUAUGCCGACGACGAGUUCAUUCCGGGCAACCAAGAUAGAUUUUAGUCGUUUCCAAUGUGGUUCUUCCUGGACCAACGUUCGAACAGACGCGAAUGCCUAG